AUGCGCCUCCCUCGCCGCGGUGCUCGCGGCCGCCGCCGCCCGGCUCCCAGCUACCGGCCCUCCCGCCGUCUCCGGCUUCCGCCGCGCUGCGCUCUCCCGCCCCCGCGCCGGGCCCUCCGUCCACCUCCUCGUCCUCCGCGGUCCAGCGCCGCGCGAUCCGCUCCCGCCGCCGCCGCCGCCGCCGCCUCCCGCGGCCGCGGAGUCCGCCUCCCGCGCCUUCCUCCGCCCCCGGCUCCCUCCCCUUUUCCUCCCCGCUCCCCGCCCCGCCUCCUCCCCGCCGCCCCCUCCUCCCGGCGGGCGGCCCGGGGCGCACGUGACCCCCCCGGCCGGCCUUAUAAGGCGCGGAACCGAAAGCCGCCGCCGGGUGGUGAGGGGCGCCGGGCGGCCGCGGGGACGCGAGCGGCCUCCCCCCCGGGACCGGGCGCCGAGCCGCCGCCGCGCGCGCGCGCGGGAAGAGCGGCGGGGAAGAGAGGGGAAAGCCCGGCUUGGCCGGACGAUGCGCUGGCGAUGGGAGCGGUAGCGACCGCGCGUCCCCGGAGUCGCCUCCAGCGCCCCUGUCCCCACGUCUCCCUCUCCCGGUGCCCGCAACCCGCGCCCGCCUCCCUUCCCACGCCGGCGGCCCGCGCGCGGGCACCUCCCCUCCUCCGGGCGCUGAGGCUUGAACCGAAUCGCUUUGGACGGUAA